AUGUCGAGCUUGUGCCUGCGCAAGACAGCGCUCCCCUCCCUCGACACAUCCACGGGUCAUCUCCGCAGGGCGUGGAACAGCAUCAUGCCUCGACGCAAGAACAACCCCGAUGUUGUGCCGAAGGGCCAGUUGGGCUAUGACUGGGUCCAUGUGCCAAGGAUCGGGGACGUGGCCGAUUACGAGCCCGCUCUACGACUCGAUUACGUACCCGUGUCCCUGGCCGAAGUUGCCGUCUGCACUCUCGUGCCUGGAGAGCAGGGCGAACAAGUCGUGCGAGAGGUGUCUCCCAUAAAGCAGGAGCAGCAGGGCUGA